GAUUAACACCUGACUAGAAUUACCAUCAUCGAGCCUCCUCAGUUGUGUACAAAAAUCUUCAAAGAUGAAGUACUUGAUUGCUGUUCAAUUCACCUUCAUCGUUUGUUUCGCAACCUACGUCUCAAACUCUAUCUUAUCCAUAAAAUUCGAAUCACCUGGACCGAGUGUAAUAAUGAAAUUUUUGAAAUUAUCUCCGGAAGAAUUCUUAAAAAAAUGCAUAUACAUAGAAGUAUUUGAUGAAAUAGAUAGUGAAGGUUAUUUAGCCACUCAAAUGGCAUAUGCUUUGGCAAAUGUCAUAGUGAGUAGAGCCAAAAAAUUGAAGAAAAUCGACGAAAAUCAUUGGAAUGAGCUUAUUGAUUCUCAGUGUCUAAACAGUGCUGGUGUUAAAGGUGAUAUUGCAGAUAUCGUUUAUCAAAUGAAUAAAUGUCUCAUCGAAGAUAGACCAUUGAUAGGAAUAAGGAGAACCUUAUUUAUAGCUACACUAUUUAAAGAAUACUGUGCUGCCGUGCUUAAAUUGGCCAAAGAGAGGUACGCAGCGGGCAAGGAUUGAGGCAAAAACUAAUAUAGAAUAUUAUUCAAAGAAGCAGUCAAUUCAAUAGUUUUUUGGGUGGACGGAUAUAUUAUUCAAAAUACAAAGCUACAUCGUCUAUGAAUUAAUUAAUUAUAAUUUUAGUAUCAUGUCAAUAUAAGUAUGUUUUUUUAAUUUUAUAUUCACAAAACUGAUUUUGUAAAUAAUUUUAUAUAAAAACUGUACAGUCGAGGUAUUAAUAAAGGUUUUUUUGCAUUUUAA